AUGGCAACAAAACCUGGAGGGGAAGCUGAGUGGCAUCUGAAAUACACUUGGAGUGUGAGACGGGAUUCAGAUUGUGGCUCAUGUGCUGGAAGUACACACAGUUGUGACUGUCAAGUAUGCAAGAAGCCAUCCUUCUCCUGGCUCUCCUUGGUGCCAUGUCAGGGGGAGAGGCGCAACACCUAAUCCUCUUACCUGCUACAGGCACCGUCGCAGAGAAUUCUCCACCUGGGACUUUGGUGCACAAGUUUUCUGUGAAAUUAUCAGCAUCACUGUCACCUGUGAUCCCAGGAUUUCCCCUGAUAAUCAACUCGAAUCCCCUCACGGAAGCCUUCAGGGUGAAUUGGCUGACAGGCACUGACUUUGAGGUUGUCACCACUGGGAUGGAACAACUAGAUUUUGAAACAGGACCAAACAUAUUUGAUUUGCAUAUUUAUGUGAAGGAUGAGGUUGGUGUCACAGACCUGCAAAUCUUGACUGUUCAGGUAACAGAUGUGAACGAGCCGCCUCAGUUUCAAGGCAACUUGGCGGAAGGUCUACAACUCUACAUAGUAGAAGGAGCAAACCCUGGAUUCAUUUACAAGGUUGAGGCCUUCGAUCCGGAAGACACAGGCCAAAACAUUCCCCUCAGUUAUUUCCUGGUUUCUCCCUCAAAGAACUUCAGAAUGUCUGCUAAUGGCACCCUCUUCUCCACAACAGAAUUGGACUUUGAAGCAGGACCCAGCAGUUUCCAUCUCAUCGUGGAGGUGAGGGACAGCGGUGGCCUCAGGGCCUCCACGGCCAUCCAGGUGAACAUCGUGAACCUCAACGACGAAGCCCCUCACUUUACCAGCCCGACACGAGUGUACACGAUCCUGGAGGAACUGAGUCCUGGAACCAUCGUGGCCAAUAUCACAGCAGAGGAUCCUGAUGAGGAAGGUCUUCCCAGCCACCUCCUCUACAGCAUUACCACCGUUAGCAAAUAUUUCAUGAUAAAUCAGUUGACUGGUGCAAUCCAAGUGGCCCAGAGGAUCGACCGAGAUGCAGGUGAAUUGAGACAGAAUCCCGCCAUUUCCCUGGAAGUUCUGGUAAAGGACAGACCAUAUGGGGGUCAGGAGAAUCGCAUCCAGAUAACCUUCACUGUGGAAGACAUCAACGACAAUCCUGCCACAUGCCAAAGGUUCACCUUCAGCAUGAUGGUGCCGGAAAGAACAGCCAACGGGACGUUGCUUCUUGACCUGAACAAUUUCUGCUUUGAUGAUGACAGUGAGGCACCAAACAACAGAUUCAACUUCACCACGCCAUCUGGAGUGGGGAGCGGCGGCAGGUUUUCACAGGAUCCAGCUGGCUCUGGGAAAAUUGUGCUGAUUGGUGACCUAGAUUAUGAAAAUCCAAGUAAUCUAGCAGCCGGCAAUAAAUACAUGGUGAUAAUCCAGGUGCAGGAUGUGGGGGCCCCUCACUAUAAAAAUAACAUCUACAUUUAUAUUCUAACAAGCCCAGAAAAUGAGUUUCCUAUCAUUUUUGAUAGGCCAUCCUAUGUAUUUUCUGUGUCAGAAAGAAGACCAGCCAGAACCCGAGUGGGACAGGUGCGAGCCGCUGAUAAAGACCUCCCUCAGAGCAGCCUCGUGUACUCCAUCUCCACUGGAGGGGCCAGCCUCCAGUACCCGAAUGUAUUUUGGAUUAAUCCCAAGACAGGAGAACUCCAGCUGAUUACUAAAGUGGACUAUGAAACAACCCCCGUGUAUAUUCUCAGAAUCCAGGCCACCAACAGCGAGGACACAAGCUCCGUCACUGUUACCGUGAACAUCCUUGAAGAAAAUGAUGAGAAGCCAAUUUGUACUCCAAACUCUUAUUUCCUGGCCCUCCCAGUGGAUCUGAAAGUUGGCACGAAUAUUCAGAAUUUCAAGCUGACGUGUACUGACCUUGAUUCCAGCCCCAGAUCUUUCCGCUACUCCAUUGGCGCAGGCAACAUCAACAAUCAUUUCACCUUCUCACCCAAUGCUGGUUCCAACGUCACACGCCUGCUGCUUAUGUCUCGCUUUGACUAUGCUGGUGGGCUUGAUAAGAUCUGGGACUACAAGCUACUUGUCUACGUAACUGAUGACAACUUGCUGUCCGGUAGGAAGAAAGCCGAGGCUCUCGUUGAGACAGGAACGGUGACACUGAGUAUUAAAGUCAUUCCGCACCCGACCACGGUCAUCACCACAACCCCCAGGCCCAGGGUCACCUACCAGGUCCUGAGGAAAAACGUUUACUCUCCGUCCGCGUGGUACGUGCCUUUUGUCAUCACUUUGGGCUCCAUAUUGCUUCUGGGUCUCCUGGUGUCCCUGGUCAUCCUGUUGGCCAAAGCCAUCCACAGACACUGCUCCAGCAAGACUGGGAAGAACAAGAAAGCUCUGACAAAGAAAGGAGAAAUGAAGAAUGCAAAGAGAGAGGUGGUGGUGGAAACUAUCCAGAUGAACACUGUCUUUGAUGGAGAAGCCACAGAUCCAGUGACUGGGAAAAUAUAUGAAUUCAAUUCAAAAACUGGAGCCAGAAAGUGGAAAGAUCCACUAACCCAAAUGCCAAAAAGGAAAGAGUCCGGCCCCCGGGGAGCUGCCCCAUGCACAGUUGCUUCUAGGGAAGGGAUGAGGCCACUGAGAAGUGCCAGCUGGGAAGAAGAUGAACUGAGUGGCAACACACGGGCCGAGGUUGCUAGUCUGGGUUCCAGAAACAAGAGUGGCAAGCCCGGCACCCCAAAGAACAGAAACCCAGCCUUCAUGAACAGUGCUUCCCCCAAACCACACCCAAGAAAGUAAACGGGGUCUAUGGAGGAGCCUGUCAAUCACUGGGAUGCUGCCUCACCCUAAAUUCUACGGGGACAGUGUGGGCAUGGCAUAGGUGAGAACAUGUGGGCUGAGGGGAUUCAGACAUCCAGGGUCAAACCUGGGAUGUUUGACAAAGUUUUAAACAAACAAAAAGGGGUUUGAUCACAUAGUUGCCUGUUCUGAAACGAUACAGGAAAGGUUUCUAUCAGAUCUCAAAAGACCUGUGCUUCUGAUCAGCAGGACUGUUAACUUUGGGGUGUGGAAUUGUGUUUCUUCUUUGCACUGACUGCUAGGAAGCUCUAUUUGGUUCACCAUAGGAAGUUCACAGGACUUCCUGACAUAAAUAGUGAAGAUCAUCCUCACAUCUGGUUUCCAACUUAUUUUCCUGCCCUCAUUUUAAUAUCACCCAGAUUUCUUCCCUCAUAAAUAUACCAUACGCCUUUGUAAAUCACCUCAAAUCUUCUGCUACAGAAGCAGAAUAGUGAAAAAAAAAAUAAAACAAAACAACAGAUGAAUAAGAGUUGGUCAUCUGGGAAAAAGAAAACACAGUAGGCACCUUCUUUUCUUUUUUAUUGUGUUACUGUAUCACUUAUAGUCAAAGUGCACAGAUCUAAUGUGUUCAACUAGAGGAUUGGACACAUUGAUCUGUUCAGCACUUCUCCCAGAGGCAGCCACUGUUCCGAUCUUUAUCAUCAGAGAUUAGUUUUGCCUUUUUUGAAUUUCAUAUAAGUAGAAUCACACAGAAUGUGCUCUUGUGUGUCUGGGUCAGCCUCCUGCAUGUGAGAGUCAUCCGUGUUGUUCUCUCUAGCAGUACUUCAGUUGCUGUGUCUGAUUUCAUUCUAUGAUUAUAUCACAAUUUAUUCAUCCAUUCUACACUUGGGUGGCAGCUGUUUCAAAUGUUUUACUUUUAAAAAAUGAACUUAAGAGUGAACUACAGGCCAGGCACGGUGGCUCACACCUGUAUUCGCAGCAUUUUGGGAGGCCAAGGUGGGUGGAUCACCUGAGGUCAGGAGUUCAAGACCAGCCUGGCCUAUAUGGGAAAACCUCCUCUCUACUAAAAAAUACGAAAAUUAGCUGGGUGUGAUGGUGGGCACCUAUAAUCCUAGCUACUUGGGAGGCUGAGGCAGGGAGAAUUGCUUGAACCCAAGAGGCGGAGGUUGCAAUGAGUUGAGAUCAUGCCACUGCACUAGAGCCUGGGUGACAGAGCAAGACUCCAUCUGAAAAAAAAAAAGUGAAUUACAACACUAUGAACUUUCUUGUACAUGUCUUUUGGUGAACAUAAAAACUCACGUUUUUGCUUAUAUACCUGGGAGUGGGAUUGUUGGAGCAAUUGCCAGAUGCUGUCAAAGAGUUCCAAUGUGGUGGCUCUGACUCCCACUCCAGCAGCAAACACUGAGUGUUGCAGCUGCUCUGUAUCCUUGCCAACACUUGGGAUUGUCAGUCCUUUCAAUUUUAUCCAUUCUAGUUAGAAUUACUAUUGAAGUGAAAUCACUUUUUCCUCAAAGCUGAAGCACCACCAGCCUUACAACUGACCCGCCUUGCUCCUUCCCUUUCCUGUGACUGGAAAGAACCGCAGGAUUCUGAGUGGGACAUGCUGGAAGCUCUGUCUAGACAUACAACUCAGACUUCCACCUGCAGGCAUGAGCAAUGAACUGGGGAUAAAUGGUAUUAUGGUGGAAUAGGAAGUGAAACUCUCCAAUGUGUACCUAGCAGAGCCUGAGCAAGCCUUACUUGAACUCUAUGCCCUGCUGCCCAGCUGCUGUGACCCUAGUCCAGUAACCCCAAGAAAGGUCCAGGUGAGAGCUCAUUAGGGCAGCACUCCCUUCCCAAUUGUGGGGAGUCAGGUGAGAGCCUACCAGGACCCUGUGGGAGACAGACGGGAUCCAUCCAGCAAACACAGAGCUUCAGAGAGAGAAGCAGCCUAGAGCUGUGUGCCUAGAGCCAGUGUCCCUUCUCAUUGCAAAAUGCCCUGUCCUGGCCUAGAUUGGGCUUCAUUUAUUAAUAAGGGCUGGUUGCCAGGGCACUCCCUUGAAUGGAUUUAAACUUUGCGAGAGAAGGCAGAACUGCUCAUUUAUGCAGGUUAAAGCGAGUGAAGUGGCUGAUGGCCUAUUUAAGACAUUGCAAAUCUGUGGGGCCUGGAGUCAAAUGCUUUCCUCAGAAGCUCUCAGCUUCAAUGCAAGUAAAAUGAGGCUUUGAGAAGGCUGAAGGGGGACUUAAUAACUGUUUAGAAGCCCAUUAAGAAUGAUUAAAAGGGCCUGGCUAGGUGGCUCAGGCCUGUAAUCCCAACACUUCGGGUGACUGAGUCAGGGGAAUCACCUGAGGUCAGGAGUUCAAGACCAGCCUGGCCAACAUGGGGAAACCCCGUCUCUAUUAAAAAUACAAAAAUUAACUGGGCGUGGUGGUAGGUGACUGUAAUCCCAGCUAUUCAGGAGGCUGAGGCAGGAGAAUCACUUGAAUGCAGGUGGCAGAGGUUGCAGUGAGACAAGGGGAAUGGUGAGCAGCUGUUCUUUCUUCUCCGGUGAUGACAGGGCAAGAGGGAAUUGUGCUUAAUGGCCAGAGAAGAGAUUUAAAUUAGGGACAGAGAGGGACUUCCUGAAGCCGGGGGCCUCUCUGAAGAGCUCAGUGUCUUCCCUGGUGAUGGGCAGGAACUGCUGGGUGUCUUCCUAGUCACAAGGCAGGCCCUGAGAAACUCAAGAAAUAGGGGCAAGAGUGCACCGGGAGGAGAGUACCCCUGUUGCCCCCUCUUCUUUUGUACAUCUGGCUGGUUGGGUGGGGGAAAUCCACAAGUCAAAGUUACCGGCAGAGGGUCUUGGCUGCAAGUUGACCAGGUUCUUGGUGUUUUGACCAAAACAUUCGACAAAAUGCACAGCAAAGCAAAGAAAGAAUGAAGCAACAAAAGUAUGAAAGCAGUGAUUUAAUGAAACACUCCACAGUGUGGGAGUGGGCCUGAGCAGUGGCUCAAGGGCUGGGAUAUAGAAUCUUCUCGAUCCAAAUACCCCCUACAGCUUUCCCUUUGGCCACUUCACACUCACCUCAUGGAAAUGAAGUGGUGGCCACAAGCGAUCUGAUAUGAAGCAAGCACUCAACAAACAUUUGUAGAAUUGGAUUGAAUAAAGCAGGCUUGUGGAUGGCCUCUUUUCCAGGUCAUGUAGCAAAUAGCGAAACGACAUUGGUUGCAAAAAGCAACCAGAGGCUAAGGUGAAUUUAGGAAGGUACGGCGAAGACUCGGCCCGCACUCAGUCUGAUUGAUUGCAGACAGCCAAUUCCCAGUGUUGAUCAGGUUUGAGGAAGAAAAGUUAUCUGAAUAAAAUGAAGCCAGCGACCACCAUGGAUCUGUGAAAGUUUUCUCCCAUUUCCCUCCCAAGGCCUUAAACAGGUAUGAUUGAUUAUAGCCAAUGUUUACUUUCUUCAUUCUGAUUCAUUGUCACAUUGGGGUAAAUACAUUCAGGAAUUAGACCACAUAGCAAUCAUAAUUGUUGAAGACUUUGAAACUGCACAGUAGAUUGUGACAAUGGAGGUUUUUACUGUGCUCAGUAGAAAGCAGGGUCUGCAACUCAGCCUGUGUGGCAAGCACGGGUGCAAACAGAAACCAGGAAACGACACUUCUGCUCCUCAGAGCCCCCUUUCACAUCUGGGGGUUCUCACUGUUUGCCUUUUUACUAAUGUGCUUUGUAAUGGCUGUGAAAAUUAAGCUGCAAAAUGAGUGAGCAUUGAAGAAAAUGAUUGCUAUUGAAACUGGGGGUUUCUCAUUCCAAACUUAGCGUGUGUUUAUCCUUCCUUUGCAUUCAAUAAAUAUCUAUGGAGCAACUAC